CUUUACUUCAACUCCAUCUUGCAACACUUGAAAAAUGAAUCCAGUUAAAGUGUUGUUUACAGUUUUCUUCUCGGCUACCUUUUCAUCUGGUAAGUGAAACCAAAGGAAGCACGUUUAUAUUGAUGUAUCGAUGUAGCUUUCAUAGCUAUAAUAGGUUAUUGGGGUUUCCAGACAUGACUGUCGGUGUCUUGACUGAUCGCUGUUUUUUACCUCGCUAAAAUACUUCCCUGCCCACUGAUUUCGACGAUUCGCACACACAUAUGUGAUGAUGGCGAUCAUCGCCUUGAGUAAUUUUUGCAGUAGAGCCAAGAGAUGUGUUCUGGCUUUUAAGCCCGAGCGACGAAAAUGAGGAGAGUGCGUCUAGAGUGAGCAUGCUUUUAUGUUAAACAAUGAGCUCAAAGCGUAAAACGUUAAUGUCGGCCAAUCGCCGAGCUUGUACGCGUUCUUGUAAUUUAUUUCAUAUUAGACUUCUACGGAAUGUUUAUCGUUUUACAUUAAUGAACAAAAAAAGAAAAAAGAAAAGUUAUACAUAAAAAAAAUAACGAAAAAGUCAAUUUUCAUUUCGCAGUCACCAAAGUAACAUAGGGAUGCUCGAGUUGGCCAAUGCUACAUAAGAAACGGGAAAACGACUGUAACAAAUUGCAGAAUGGAUUGUAUAACUGUUUACUAUGUACCACGCUGCCAUCAUUGUGUUUGAGAAGGAAUAGAAACUUUUUGAAAGCCAAAACAGCGUUCUCACUGGCUAAUGAGAACCAAUUUUGUACUGUAUGCAAAUUGAGGUUUGGGGCUGCGCCGCGUUUUGUUCUCUUUGAAUUCAAUCUUGCGGUCAAACUCUAUUAAGCGAGCGUCUUCCUUUGGAAGUCUGCAGGCUGUUAUAAAAUGACUGCACCAAUAGGAGCCUUUUGCCUGUCUUUUCGUUACUAUCAUAGUCUCAUCUGGUUCGUGAAGAUUGCUUAAUUAAAGUAUUUUAACAUUUUAAGAGUAUGAAUCGUUUUCUUUCGUCCAUAAAAAUUGAAGUAAACAUCGAGUUCUAACAGCCUUUGUAAAAGUGCUUACUAGUAUAAAGAUUGAAACGUAGAGCAANUCAUCGCCUUGAGUAAUUUUUGCAGUAGAGCCAAGAGAUGUGUUCUGGCUUUUAAGCCCGAGCGACGAAAAUGAGGAGAGUGCGUCUAGAGUGAGCAUGCUUUUAUGUUAAACAAUGAGCUCAAAGCGUAAAACGUUAAUGUCGGCCAAUCGCCGAGCUUGUACGCGUUCUUGUAAUUUAUUUCAUAUUAGACUUCUACGGAAUGUUUAUCGUUUUACAUUAAUGAACAAAAAAAGAAAAAAGAAAAGUUAUACAUAAAAAAAAUAACGAAAAAGUCAAUUUUCAUUUCGCAGUCACCAAAGUAACAUAGGGAUGCUCGAGUUGGCCAAUGCUACAUAAGAAACGGGAAAACGACUGUAACAAAUUGCAGAAUGGAUUGUAUAACUGUUUACUAUGUACCACGCUGCCAUCAUUGUGUUUGAGAAGGAAUAGAAACUUUUUGAAAGCCAAAACAGCGUUCUCACUGGCUAAUGAGAACCAAUUUUGUACUGUAUGCAAAUUGAGGUUUGGGGCUGCGCCGCGUUUUGUUCUCUUUGAAUUCAAUCUUGCGGUCAAACUCUAUUAAGCGAGCGUCUUCCUUUGGAAGUCUGCAGGCUGUUAUAAAAUGACUGCACCAAUAGGAGCCUUUUGCCUGUCUUUUCGUUACUAUCAUAGUCUCAUCUGGUUCGUGAAGAUUGCUUAAUUAAAGUAUUUUAACAUUUUAAGAGUAUGAAUCGUUUUCUUUCGUCCAUAAAAAUUGAAGUAAACAUCGAGUUCUAACAGCCUUUGUAAAAGUGCUUACUAGUAUAAAGAUUGAAACGUAGAGCAACCACAACAGCAACCGGCAGCGAAAACGACGCUAAUAAAGUGUAUUCGUUUUUCACAUUUCAUCGAGAUUUUUGCAGUUCACCUAAAUGGUGACUAUCAUAUAGACAAAGUUUCCUGGAGACAAUUUUUACUUUCUUGACUGCCACAAGACUCUUGAAUAGGGUACAAUUAACAAAACGAGUUAAAUUUCCAUCAUGAACCCAACAAAUUGAGGGAAAUACGAGAUUGAAUUUUUCAUUUUCCAGCUGUUUUACAAGAGAGGAUGAGGUUGAUCAUUAAUACUAUCAUUUAGCGCAAACACAACAAAGCGACAACUGUAGAAAAGAAAGAAAAUGACUCAGCUUGCUGGACUUUUACUCUGUUUGAACGUCAAUGCAAUAUUAAAGUUACAGCCAGAAAAGGCAGUAAAAGAGCCACUGAGUAGAUUUAAACUUGCAAAUUUCAGGGUUCAAGGAAAAAAUCUAAGCUUCAGUUAAGUUGUAGAACAUACUAGAUAAAUGGGAUAGUUUUUAACUAAGGAAAUCAUUGUGGUGUAGGCUCUGUCGGUGCGCGGGUUAAUACUGACAGAAAAACGGAAUUUUUUAAUUAGCUGAGUUGGUAACACGUUAAGGAGAUAACGUCUCAAAACCAGCCCUUGGGCCGAGGCCGGCAAACAUAGUUAAUAGAGAAGAAUGAUUUCUUAAUGUUGCAUGUUUUUGUGGCCUUCAGGAAGGUGCCCAGCGUUCAAUAGCAUUCCUAUCAUGUUGAUUGUAACGACCAAUAAAACCGUCGCAUUAAAUUCCUCCUCAUGAUUUGUUGCUAUUUGUGAACGGAAAACAAGGGAUUAUGCAGCAUCGGGGAGCUCCCGGUAUAAACUGCAGCACUGUUGCUUUUAUCUUUGAUGUUUGACAUCUCCUUCGAUAACCAAUCUCCCCUGCUAUAACUGUGGGUCACAUAAACAUGUCGUUUAGACAAAUCGCUGGCAGGCGGUUUCUAGAUGCAGACAGAGAAUAUGCAAGUAAAACGGAUCAUAAGCAAUUCACUGCAUAAACUGAUGAAAAUUGUUAAAAUGAACCAGCAUAUGAAAUCCCGAUCGCCACUUAGCCGAGAAAACUCAUCUAAGUGCCUUGCUCUAAAAAAUAUGCAUGGAUAUGCAUGGAUAUGGUGAUGCCCAUAAUAAAAAAUUAUAACAUAAAUAACCAACAAAGUUCGAAAAAUGCGAGUCACAAUGACGUCGUUGCAGUUGAAUUCAUUACAUUGUAUUUCAGGUAUUUUUAUCUGUCUUGUCUUGAUAACACAGCCCAAGAAAUAAUCGCCAAGUCUGUGCUUGCUCCAGAAAACUUUGCCUGAAUUAUUUCCAGUUAAAGACAUAAAAUUUGUUAAAGUUGUAGUUAACGUUUGUGAUAUCAUCUUUCCCACAGUGAUGAGUCUCAAAUGCAAUGUAUGCAGCAGCGCAGAGUCUUGGGAUAAGUGUUCAAACACGGAAAUGACUUGUCCUUCAGGUAUGGAGGAACGCUGCGUAAAGGUUGAAUUCAAAAAUGGCGAAACAAAAUCCUUUACCAGGACUUGUGGAACUAAAGAUUACUGCGACAAGGACAAGAACCCAACAUGCAAUUUAGUAGAAAGUGUGUCAGGGGUUGAAUGCAACGUCAACUGUUGCGAAGGAGAUCUUUGCAACGCUGGUUCGGCAGCCAAGAUCAGCGGCAUCAUGCUGUUGGCAUGCGCUCUGGCCGUUCUGAUGUUCAAAGGAGCAUGAGCAGAAGUAGCGAUUCGAUUUCCCG